AUGGGUAAACACGAAUUCUUGACACCAAAAGCCAUCGCAAACAGAAUCAAGGCAAAAGGCCUUCAAAAGUUGAAAUGGUACUGUCAAAUGUGUCAAAAGCAAUGUCGUGACGAAAACGGUUAUCAAUGUCAUAUUCGUUCUGAAUCUCAUCUUCGUCAAAUGGAUCUUUUGAAAGAGAGUCCUUCUACCUACAUGCAUGGAUAUUCCAAGCAAUUUCAAGACGAUUUUGUCAAAUUAAUUUCACGAAGAUGGGGAACGAAACGUGUUCAUGCCAAUCUUGUUUAUCAGGAAUAUAUCGCCGAUAGACAUCACGUACACAUGAAUGGUACGAUAUGGGAAACUCUGACAGAUUUCGUAAAACAUCUUGGGAAAGAAGGUAUUUGUCAUGUUGAUGAUACGCAGAAAGGAUGGUUUGUCACCUGGAUUGAUAAUAGUCCAAAGGCAUUGGCAAGACAGGCAAUUUUGAAAAAAGAACGUUCUGAAAAGGAUGAAGAAGAGAGGACUCGAAAAUUAAUAGAGGAACAAAUUGGAAGAGCGAAAAAAGAGGCGGCAGAUUUAGGUUUAGAUGAAAAGGAAAUAUACACGGAACUUAAACGUGAAACGGAAGAAGAAAAGAUCAAACUUAAUCUUUCAUUGGCAAAAUCAUCUAAUUCAAAUACAACAGAUAAGAAUGAUUCGGUUGCAGAAGAUUCUAACGCUACAGUUCCCACAUCUAAUCAUACGAGCAUAUCCUUUAAUAAACCUUCAGCACAAAAAAAAUCUCUCAGCUCAUUAGUCAAAAAGUCAAAUCCUAUUGCUACACAAAAGAAGGAAAAGGAAAAAGAACAACCAAAGAAGUUGGAAAUAAGAGAAAGAGAUCAUAGAGAUUAUAAAGACAAUCGAAGAGAUUAUAGAGAUAGGGACAGAGAACGGGAGAGAGGUCAUAAGGAAAAGGAUCGAGAAUAUAGAGAAAAAGAAAGAGAUAGGGAAAGAUACAGACAAUAUGAUCGUGAACCAAAAAGAGUUCGUAGGGAUUAG